AUGGGUACAAGGUUCACAGAGGGUAAACAGAGAGCAACCAACGUAACCUUCCAGGCACACCAUGUCAGUAGAAACAAGCGUGGGCAGGUUGUGGGAACCAGAGGUGGUUUCCGUGGCUGCACUGUCUGGCUUACAGGUCUGUCCGGAGCUGGUAAAACUACGGUUAGUAUGGCAUUGGAAGAAUACUUGGUUUGCCAUGGCAUACCCUGCUACACAUUGGAUGGAGACAACAUUCGGCACGGUCUCAACAAAAACUUGGGUUUUAGCCCAGGGGACCGCGAGGAGAACAUUCGACGUAUUGCAGAAGUAGCCAAGCUGUUUGCAGAUGCUGGACUUGUGUGCCUUGCCAGUUUUAUUUCUCCUUACACAAAGGAUCGGCAGAAUGGCAGAAGUAUUCAUGAAGGUGCUGGCCUGCCAUUUUUUGAAAUAUUUGUUGAUGCCCCUCUGCAUGUUUGCGAGGAAAGAGAUGUGAAGGGACUGUACAAAAAGGCCAGAGCUGGUGAGAUAAAAGGAUUCACUGGUAUUGACUCAGAGUACGAGAAACCCGAAGCUCCUGAACUAGUAUUGAAGACCGAUGUCUGUUCUGUGAAUGAGUGUGUCCAGCAAGUGAUUGAACUGCUUCAAGAACGAGACAUUGUCCCUGUUGAUGCUUACGCUGAAAUAAAAGAACUCUUUGUCCCAGAAAAUAAGCUUGAUCUCGCCAGAGCUGAUGCAGACACUUUGCCAGCCUUGGAAAUUAAUAAGGUGGAUUUGCAGUGGGUGCAGGUACUGGCUGAGGGUUGGGCUACUCCACUCAAUGGCUUCAUGAGGGAACGUGAAUUCUUGCAGUGCCUUCAUUUCGGCUGCUUGUUGGAUGGAGGUCUCAUUAACUUGUCAGUGCCAAUUGUGCUGACAGCAACAAAUGAAGACAAAGAGCGACUGGAUGGCUGCACUGCCUUUACUCUGGUGUAUAAUGGACAGCGCGUGGCUAUCCUUCGCAAUCCGGAAUUCUACGAGCACAGGAAAGAGGAACGUUGUGCACGUCAGUGGGGAACAACUUGCAAAGAGCAUCCUUACAUUAAGAUGGUAAUGCAGAGUGGCAGCUGGCUAGUAGGUGGAGACCUGCAAGUUCUUGAUCGUAUCUUUUGGAAUGAUGGCCUUGAUCAUUAUCGGCUCACUCCACGGGAGCUAAAGCAGAAAUUUAAGGCAAUGAAUGCCGAUGCUGUCUUCGCAUUUCAGCUACGCAACCCAGUGCACAAUGGGCAUGCUCUAUUGAUGCAGGAUACCUUUCAACAGUUGAUUGAACGUGGCUAUAGGCGUCCAGUUCUUCUUCUUCAUCCACUAGGUGGUUGGACGAAAGAUGAUGAUGUACCCUUAUUAUGGAGAAUGAAGCAGCAUGCUGCUGUAUUGGAAGAGAGGGUACUUAAACAAGAGUCUACUGUCGUGGCCAUCUUCCCAUCUCCCAUGAUGUAUGCUGGACCAACUGAGGUUCAAUGGCACUGCAGAUCCCGCAUGAUUGCAGGGGCUAACUUCUACAUAGUGGGCCGAGACCCUGCAGGUAUGCCUCAUCCAGAGACUAAGAAGGACCUGUAUGAACCAACGCAUGGGGCAAAGGUUCUGACCAUGGCCCCAGGCCUCCUGUCCCUGGAAAUCAUCCCAUUUCGCGUCGCUGCCUACAACAAGGUGAAAAAAUGCAUGGACUAUUAUGACCCUGAACAUCAUGAAGAUUUUGACUUCAUCUCUGGAACACGCAUGCGUAAGUUGGCACAGGAAGGAGUGAAUCCACCCGAAGGCUUCAUGGCACCGAAAGCCUGGGCAGUUCUGACUGAAUAUUACAAAUCCUUGGAGAAGGCCUAGAUGGGAGCAGUGAUGAGACUCAACAGUUCUUUAAUUGAUAGCAGGGGACCACACACACAGCAAGUGUUCCAGCAGUACUGGCGCUAGUUAGAAACCAGUGUUCAUUCUUAAGCUGUAUCACUGUCUGCGCAAGUCUUAUGAGCUUUAUUUUAUAACGGAAGGGCUGAGUUUUCAAUUGGAACAAUUUUUAAGAAUGACAUUGUUUACUAAGAUUACUUAACUUUUGUUUAACUGUUGUUAAAUUUUAAUUAUGUUUCUGUAUUUGGUAGCUGGGUGUACAAUAUAAAGUAGGCUUGGCUAACCUUGAACUAUUCAUUCCUUCUGUCCUGAAUCUUGUGUUUGGGGCAGUGUUUUAUCUUUAGUUACAGUAGUUAAAUUUGAGGGGAAAAGGGAAACCUGUCUUAUACUCAGUUAUCGUGCAUACAGUUAGACAGGAGUUUGAAGAAGAAGCUGAUGAACAUUGUACUUUUCAUUCUUCAUUCAUGACAGCAAGUCAGCUGAUAAGUGGCCAUACUGCUAAACAUAUCCCUGUCAUUAGCACUUUGAAUCAGAUAGCCGUCACGCUCUCUUCCUGUAGAGAUUCCCUUGGCGGUUAAGCUAAUGUAAUCUGCAAAUCGUGGAAGAUGGAUUUAGAAUGGACAUAUGUACAGUGAUUUGAAAUUUACGGUUGAUUUUUACUUUGGACCAGCUACUUGUGCUGACUUGCAGCAAAUCGCCAUGAAUGAAGGUGUUCCUGGUGAAGUUCAAUGGUGUCUUGCUUUUAAUCGUUGGGAAUGCGGUGAAAAAAAUCUGCAAGGCUUCUAAACUUGGCCAUAAAACAUCAGAUUGAAUGUAGUACAGUCAGUUGAUAUGCUUGUGGCAUGAUUGGUAUUGUAAUUUGUGGAUUUACUAGUUACAAUUGCCUUGUAUGCAACUGUUUUAAAAAGUGCACUUGAUAUCUGUCAAUGCCUAAGUAAUAAAGACCGUGUUCCAUUCAA